AUGAACACCCUGACUAUUGCAGUCGUCGUCUGCGCCAUCCUCGCCACUGCAUCAGCCGGUGGCAUCGGUCUUGGCUACGGUCAUGGCUACGGAGGUUAUGGUCUCGGCUAUGGGCUUGGUGGUGGCUACGGUGUCACCGGCGUCGGCGUCGGCAGCAGUGUGGCAAUUUUAGGCGGUGGGCCUGCCUUCACAAAGGCCGUAGCUGGACCGGCCUUCCUGGUGAAGACGGUGCAUCACGUAAACAAGCUGCACAAUGGAGGCGCUCUGAUUGCCCACUCCGGCCUCGGCAGUGGUUACGGUGGCUACGGAGGAUACGGAUAUGGAGGUUAUGGUUACAAGUGGUAA